AUCAUAAUGACAACGGAUAAUUACAAAAAGAUACAGGUAGCGUACAACGUAGAAAGGAAGGAAUAGGUUGUUGGAAUUGGAAGACAAAAAAUCAGGAACUUUCCGAUUCAUCGUACUGACUUUUGGAACACAAAAAUAUAAGUCCCUUGAAAUUUCGAGGAAAAUCUCAAUCUCAAGAGCGAAGAUGAUGCACAUGACCUUUUAUUGGGGAAAAAAAGUGACCCUUCUAAUCGAUUCCUGGAAGACCGAUUCAUGGACGAGUUUUGCACUGAGUUUACUCGCGUGCCUCGUGGUUUCCGCUUUCUACCAGUAUCUGGAGAAUCGCCGGAUUCGCCUGAAGCUCAUCGCCGGCGAGAAGAGGCCCUCUGCGGUGGCGCCGGAGAUCCAAACCCCUCUUCUGCGAUGGAAUGUCGCCGGAGAUAAGGCCAGGUUAGGGAUGAAAUUCGCCGAAGCGAUUCUGUUCGGGGUGAACUCGGCGAUUGGGUAUUUGUUGAUGUUGGCCAUCAUGUCCUUCAACGGAGGGGUCUUUGUGGCCAUCGUGGUGGGUCUCACACUUGGUUACUUCUUCUUCAGGACUGAAGGCGAAGAUGCCGCGCUUUUCCUUGACAAUUCUUGUGCAUGUGCUUGAGUGUUUGAUCUGAGAAAAAAGUUAACUGUUUUUGCAUUGCAAUUCAUUUCCUGUGAUAAUAUAGUGAAUGGGCUUGUUCUCUUCUUCUUUUUCACCUUUCUGUUGUUUAUGUAAUUUUGUGUUGAUAAAUAUCUAUGUAUUGUUGUAGUUGUUAUCCUAGAAUACUAUGAAAAGUUAACUUUUGUAUUUGUGGUUAUAAUUUCACCUAGUUUUAAAGA